GCGGAGCAACCUCGGACUUCGGGGUUUGCGCACUGUGGACCGCAUCCGAAUGGAUUUUAGAUUAUUAUGUUUAUCUCUUCCGUGAGAACAGCCGAGGACUGUUUUUUUCUGAGGAUAUAUAGCGCCAAUAAUUUCUCGGUGCGGUUGAAUUAUUCGGGAGAAGUCAGGAGCAGCAUGCUGCUCUCUAAACUGGACACCCUCUCACACAUGUCGUUCAGCAUGGACCUGCCGGUGAAGCUCCAGCAAGCCAACGCGGAGAAGCAGUCGCUUGAGAAGCAGUACCGGCUGGGUCCGGUUCUCGGCAGUGGGGGAUUCGGUACCGUUUACUCGGCCGUUCGCCUCGCUGAUGGUUUGCCGGUGGCAGUGAAACAUGUGAGGAAGGAUCGGGUGACUGAGUGGGGUUCUCUGUGCGGAGCAUUAGUUCCUUUAGAGAUUGUGCUGCUGAAGAAAGUGAGUGGGACCUUUGCUGGCGUGGUGCAGCUCUUGGAUUGGUGGGAGCAGGCGGAUGGCUGGUUUAUAGCGAUGGAGCACCCCAAGCCAUGUCAGGACCUGUUUGAUUACAUCACAGAGCGUGGCGCUCUUGAUGAGGAGGCAGCACGUGGCUUCUUCCUGCAGGUACUGGAGGCCAUACGUCACUGCUAUGCCUGUGGCGUUGUCCACCGUGAUAUUAAGGACGAGAACCUGCUGGUGGACCUGAGGACCGAGCAGGUCAAACUCAUUGACUUUGGCUCAGGGGCUGUUCUUAAAGACACUGUCUACACAGAGUUUGAUGGGACACGAGUGUACAGUCCUCCAGAGUGGAUCCGAUUCCAUCGAUACCAUGGACGAUCAGCCACCGUCUGGUCACUCGGUGUGCUGCUGUAUGACAUGGUGUGUGGAGACAUCCCCUUUGAACAUGACGAGGAGAUCCUAACGGGGCAGAUCUAUUUCAGGCGGAGAGUCUCCUCAGAGUGCCAGGAGCUGAUUGGCUGGUGUUUGUGCCAGCAGCCAUCCGACCGGCCAACCCUGGAGCAGAUCUUCCUCCACCCUUGGUUGAUGGGCAGCAGGGCUCAGCGAACAGAUGAGGCAGUCAUCACACUUCAUGCUGUUAAAGAUAACACCUCCUGCUCCUCCUUGAAUCCAUCUUCCUCCUACUCCCCUCCCAACCAGUAGAAUCUCAUGGUGGGCAUGGUUUGGACUUGACUGACAGCUGUCCUUCAGUGUCUAUGACUUCAUGUUGGUGGGAGUUUUUCACAGUUGUGGAUGAAGUUUGCUGCUGUGGCGCAGCUUUGUGCUGCGUUAAAAGUGCCUUGAAUUUGUUUAUUUAAAGCUGCUAUGGGGAAAGUGUCAUUCAUUGGCAAAAACCAGACUGCAAAGGGAGAGAAUCUCUAGACGUUGAGCCAAUGAAAACAUUUUUGAACAUCUGGUUAAAUUCUGCUGUGUGGAGCCACAUCAGGGCAAUGGCCAGGGCAUCUAAUCGUCUGUAAGACUGCAGGGGAUUUUAAGUCUGCCAGAUAUAUCAAGUAAGUCUGCGAUGUAACACUUUUUUGUUUGUUUAUUUUUGUUUUUUUGUUUCUAUGGUUAAACAAUCAUCUGGACAGUCGGUUUUUCAGUUGAUUGGGUUUUUUUUCUCGCAGGGCUGAUUUUACUUAAAAUGUGUCCACAUCCAGUGUGCUUGACAGGGAAUACCUGCAGUCAACCUCAUCUGUUUGUCAGGGUAUAAAAUGCACAGUCAAUGCAAAUAUUGUGUUUUUUAUUUUGAAAACAUGCAUUUUUGUUAUAUGUAUAUACUUUUGUAUGCAUUUAUUGUAAGUUAUCUUCAUUAUUGUUUUUUAAAAUAUUUUAUUUAUUGACAUUUUGAAAUGUAGAAUCCUGGCAGGAAAGGUUUUCUCAUGGACGUUAUUCCAAUUAAA